UUGAAUGUAUCGCACUAUAAUAUGCUUUGCGGGAAAAACAGUACUUCAUGAACGUUCGGGGUGAUAAGUUAAAAAGUUAUAUUCCGUUUCGUUUACCAGUGGUAUAUUGAGUCAUUUUCUGUCUGAAGAAAAAGUUGUUUAACAUUUCAAUGUGCUAAAAUUGAGUCGGAGCGAUUAGUUUGUGAAUGAUUUUUCGUGACCAGUUAUGGAAUGAAAUGUCUUUGAGGUGUUCAAUAAUUGGUGUGGUGUGUACGUGAAAGUAUGACAUAGAAGAACCAGUGAAAAUCAAUUGUGUUACAUCGCCUUUUUCUGUGCUUUCGUGAAAACAUACACUCAAAAGAUAGUCAUAAUGGAGACGGAAAAGACUGUUCCGAAGGAAAAUGCUAAUAAUGGUAAAGAACAUGAUAAUGGUGGUGAAGAGGUUGGGUUGAAGGCAAAAAUGAGUUUAUUAAAUGGAUGUACGGUUAUUGUCGGAUCAAUUAUUGGCAGUGGCAUCUUCGUAUCUCCUACAGGAGUGCUCAUGUAUACUGGCAGUGUUAAUAUGGCUUUAAUUGUAUGGACAAUAUCGGGAGUUUUUUCAAUGAUUGGCGCUUAUUGCUAUGCUGAACUGGGCACUAUGAUCACUAAAUCCGGUGCAGAUUAUGCCUACAUCAUGGAAACGUUCGGUCCAUUCAUGGCAUUUAUUCGACUUUGGAUUGAAUGCAUGAUUGUGCGGCCUUGUUCGCAAGCAAUUGUUGCGCUUACAUUCAGUACCUAUGUGAUGAAACCAUUUUUUCCCGAUUGUACACCGCCAGAAGAUUCAGCUAGAAUGUUGGCCGUUUGUUGCAUUUUGGUGCUAACAUUUAUAAACUGUUGGGACGUGAAAUGGGCCACUCAUGUCCAGGACAUCUUCACCUAUGCAAAAUUACUUGCAUUGUUUUUGAUCAUUGGAGUGGGAGCUUAUCUUUUAUGCAUGGGAAAUGUAAAAUAUUUCACAUUUGAAAAUACAAAAACGGAAGUAACAUCACUGGCACUGUCAUUUUAUUCUGGCCUAUUUGCAUACAACGGAUGGAACUACCUCAAUUUUAUAAUCGAAGAGCUUCAAAACCCAGUAAAAAAUUUACCUCGAGCCAUUGCCAUCUCUUGCACGUUAGUUACAGUUGUGUACGUGUUCGCAAAUGUCUCGUUCUACACCAUCUUGUCGCCGGACGAAGUUUUGGGAAGUUCAGCGGUUGCAGUUACAUUCGCUGAACGAGCUUUUGGAAUGUUUGCAUGGACGAUUCCAGUCUUUGUGGCUCUAUCAACAUUCGGUGCUGUCAACGGUAUUUUAUUAACGAGCUCUCGUCUAUUUUAUGCCGGAGCAUGUGAAGGUCAAAUGCCCGAAAUUCUGACAAUGAUUCAAAUAAAUCGAUACACACCAACGCCAGCCGUUUUAGCCAUGGCAUUGCUCUCAAUGCUUUACUUAACUGUAUCCGAUAUAUUUGCAUUGAUCAACUACGUUGGUUUCGCUACUUGGUUGAGUAUCGGUGUAGCGGUUCUGUGUUUGCCAUGGCUACGAUGGGCCCAACCGAAUCUUCCCAGACCGAUCAGAGUUCCAAUGGUAUUUCCUAUAAUUUACUUACUGGCAUCGUUGUUUGUCACUAUUGUACCGAUGUACGCCAGUCCAGUGGAAACGGGCUAUGGUGUUCUGAUGAUUUUGUCCAGUGUUCCUGUUUAUGGCGUUUGUAUUGCUUGGAAAAACAAGCCGAAAUGGUUCAGACAUGGCAUGCUUGCGUUGACGCGAUUUUUACAAAAAAUGUUAAUGGUCCUUGGUAAGACUAAGAGUACCCAAGUGUAAGAUAUAAUCAAGCACACGAUAAAUUGAGCUGUUACAAAUGGACAAUAAUUUAUGAAUAGAAAUUUAAUUUUUGUUAGUUUAUAGUUUUGUGUAAGUUUUUACGAUUUUAUUUCGAUUUAAUUUUCCUUCUUUUGAAAAAAAAAAUGUAGAGCUAUGUUAAGCAUUUGUUUUAAGAUUAAAUCGACCAAAGGAGACCAUCAAUUGAUCGACACAAGUUACCAUAAACAGGUGUGUGCGUAAAAAAAAAAUUUGGCGACAAGAAAUUUGGUUUCGACUUGAUACUCGUCAAACCAGUCGUUACAUACAUUAACAUAAAUUAAUAUCAAAUCGAACCGUGAACGAGUCAAUUUUAUAUUUUGAUUUAACGGGAUAAGACAUCUUUCGUUUUAGUUUUCGAGCGUUGGCGCCUGCUGGUUUGAUCAGCUUACCACCUUAAAUUUUUGUGUAGAAACGAUCUGAGAGUUUACUUCUCGGAGUCGUGAGCAGAUCAUGUCGAUUUAGUGUUUUUUUUUAAUUUCGUUUCGUGUCGGCAUAGACUUCAAUUUAGUUCAUACAGGAGGUGCUAUUGGAUCCAUGUGACUAUAAAUUUUCAUCCUACGAAUUUUAGUCGGAGAUGAGUAGUAGUGAUGAGUACACAAUUCAUGGAAAAUGCGUUGCUAUUAAAACAAGCAAAUAUCAUAGCAGGAAGUGUGGAAAUUUGGGUUUCGGUUCAUUCGUUCGCUCAAAACUUCUGAGGCGCAUUUACGGUGUCAGUUUUAUUUAUUUGAAAUUGUUGAACAUCUUUCAGUUGUUUUCCACCAACAGAGAGUCAAAUGGUGUGAUAUUAGAGCUCAUCUUCGGUUCAGUUUGUUCAUUAAUUUUUGCCAAUGGUAAACUAUGCAUUUAGAUUCUCAGUAUUUGAUAACUGAUGACUUCAUCGAACCAAUUUUUAAUUAGAACUUAUGUAACGUAACACCUGAAUUAAUAAAAAAAAAA